GGGCUGCGGAUGGGCUGAGUGCUCAUGCGCAGUAGAUGUAGCUUUAGCCAGACCUGCAGAAACAUGGACGUCCAGAUGGCUCCUCUCCGGGCCUGGGAUGAUUUCUUCCCGGGCUCUGACCGCUUCUCCCGGCCGGACCUCAAAGACAUCUCCAAAUGGAACAACAGGGUGGUGAGCAACCUGCUCUACUACCAGACCAACUACAUGGCCCUGGCGGCCGCCGUCAUCUGCCUGGUGGGGUUUUUAAGUCCUUUCAACAUGAUCCUGGGAGCCACGGUGGUGAUUUUGGUCUUCUUGGCCUUCGUGUGGACCUCGCACAACAGGGACAUCGUCAAGAAAUUUAAGAAGAAAUACCCAACCGUAUUUGUCAUGUCUAUCAUGCUGUGCAGCUACUUCGUCAUAUCCUUGUGUGGGGGCGUCAUGGUUUUUGUAUUCGGAAUUUCUUUGCCACUCUUGUUAAUGUUCAUCCAUGCCUCCCUGAGGCUCCGUAACAUAAAGAACAAGCUGGAGAAUAAGAUAGAGAGCGCCGGACUUAAGAAGACUCCAAUGGGGAUCGUGCUUGACGCUCUCGAGCAGCAGGAGGAAAACUUUGCGAAAAUAGCCGACUCCUUAAUUAAAUUAAAGGAAUAAGAUGAACGGUCUUGGAACCCCAAGAUCAUUAAACGUUCCACUUACCUGCUGAAGUUUUUUUCUGUUUUGGUUCAGUUGUGUAUACCGGCAGUAGCACCUCACUGCCAUGUAUGUUAUUCCCCAGAAUACUGUCAGACAAUCUAAUGCUGUUUGUAUUUAAUGGUAUGAAGCAAUCGGCCUGCUGUGUUACCAAUAAGGUUGUUUGCCUCGUUGUCUCAGAGCCGCAACUGAUGAUAGACUCCACCAGCUUCCCCCUUGCCACCACUCGCUCCAUUAUUUUGUGUGGUUUUAGGAAAUUUGGGGGAUCCACUGCCCCACACUUAGAGGUGUUACCCCCAGUGUUACAGUAUGAUUAGACAUUAAAAGUGUUAAGUUUCCUUUACACAGCGCUUGCUUUGGUCGCUGUAAAAUGACCGCCAUGCCUCGUUUCCCUGCGGGAUGAUGUGACCCUGCAUAUCGGGGGUUGAUUUUGUCCCUUCUUUUCCAUGUUAUUGAAUUGAUGAUUUCUUUGUUUUGUAACGGUCGCUAAAUAUUACUUGCUUUAUAACUUAUAUAUUAUAGGAUUGUUACUCCUUUUCUUGGACUGAGCAUAGAAUGUCAUUGGCACUUGGUACAAGGGAUCAUUGAUUAUUUUUAAAGAGGUAUUAAUAAAUGCAUAAAGGAUUUAGGAGCAAUACCAGUUUAUUAGCCAAACUUUGAACUCUGGGUUGGAAAAUAAAAAUUCCCUACACACUAGAAGGAUUGAAUGCUUGUUGAGUUUAGAAUGUACAAGAAUAACGGGAAAUAUGUACUGUACCUUAUUCCUGGCUCCAGCAAGCUUCCUUCAUACAUAUGACUGGUCCAGUAUUGGUGUAUCCCAAAAGGGCGCCCAGUACGGAAAGUAAUACAGCCUUCUCUGAUACCCAUAGAAAUUGGCAUGUUACCCUUGCAUGUUACCCAACUGAAAAGUUUUUUUUUUCUUUUAAAUAUAAACCCAGAGCUUAGCUAUAAAGCUGUCCUUGGAUCUAAAUAUUAAGUUUGCUUAUGGCCCGUACACACUAUCCGAAAAUCGGACAAAAAAAUACCGCUUUCGAAGCAAUCCGAUGGUUAAUACAGAGCUUUUGAGAGCCGAUCACAACGGUUCAUUUGAUCGGACAACGCAAAAAAAAAAUUUGUACGAUACCAGAUUGUACAAUUUUCAUUUGAAUCGGUGCAGUUGUCGUCCCAAAAUACAAUAGAAAUACAUUAUAACACAUGACAUCACUAUUUUUUUUCUCCUAUUCUGUCAUACAAGGAUUUUUCUCACUUUUAGUAACCGCU